AUGGCUACAGUUAUACCACCACCUUCUAAGAAACAAAAGAGGGAAGCACAAAAAGUCCGUGAGUUGGAUCUUAUACCAAAAGAUUUGCCAAAUGUCCUUAUCAAAUUUCAAGCCUCAGAUACAGGUGAAUCAACUGGUGGUUCAAUUCGAGUUCCUGGUGGAAUCACUGAAAAACAAUUAGAAGAAUUAUUGAAUAAUUUACAAGGUGAAUCUGAUGAUCCAGUUCCAUAUACAUUUUCUCUUUUGAAUAGCGAUGAAAAAGAUACCACCAAUAAUAAUAAUAAACUAAUUGAUAUUAAAGAUGAUUUAUAUCAUUCAGUAUUAAAACCAGGAAUCAAAACAACUGAAGAUUUCUUAACAUUAGUAUAUACCCCAAGGGCCAUUUUUAAAGUUAAACCAAUCACACGUUCAAAUGCAGCAAUUGCAGGACAUGGAUCCACUAUUUUAUGUUGUGCAUUUGCUCCUAAUGAUUCCAGUCGUAUGUGUUCAGGAGCUGGUGAUUCUACUGCUCGUAUAUGGGAUUGUAAUACCCAAACUCCAUUGCAUACAUUGAGUGGCCAUUCAAAUUGGGUAUUAUGUGUCACUUAUUCCCCCGAUGGGAAAUUAAUUGCCACGGGUUCAAUGGAUAAUACUAUAAGAUUAUGGGAUGCUACCACGGGUAAGCCAGUGGGGAAACCACUUUUGGGGCAUUCUAAAUGGGUCAGUUCCUUGAGUUGGGAACCUUUACAUUUAGUUAAAGCCAAUGAUAAUCCACGUUUAGUUUCUGGUUCCAAAGAUGGAACUGUUAAAGUUUGGGACACCACAACAAGAACUUGUACCAUGACAUUAAGUAGUCAUACUGGAGCUGUUUCUUGUGUUAAAUGGUCUGGUUCAAACAUUGUUUAUAGUGCGUCUCAUGAUAAAACCAUCAAAGCUUGGGAUAUAAGUGCUAAUGGCAAAUGUAUUCAAACUUUGAAAAGUCAUGCUCAUUGGGUUAAUCAUUUAUCAUUAUCCACUGAUUACGUUUUACGUAAAGGUGGGUUUGAUCAUACAUCAACCAGGACCACCCAAAUUUCACCAGAAGAAUUACGUGCUCGUGCUUUACAACAAUAUGAAAAAGUAGCUAAAUUAAAUGGAUCAAUUAGUGAAAGAUUAGUUACUGCUAGUGAUGAUUUUACAAUGUAUUUUUGGGAACCAUUGAAAUCAUCAAAACCUAUUUGUCGAAUGACGGGACAUCAAAAACUUGUCAAUCAUGUUAAUUUCUCACCUGAUGGAAGAUUUGUUGUUUCAAGUUCUUUUGAUAAUUCUAUUAAACUUUGGGAUGGUAUUAGAGGUACAUUUAUUUCUACACUUCGAGGUCAUGUUGCUCCAGUUUAUCAAACUGCUUGGUCCGCUGAUAAUCGUUUAUUGGUAAGUUGUUCCAAAGAUACUACUUUGAAAGUAUGGGAUAUCCGAACUAAAAAAUUGAGUGUCGAUUUACCAGGCCAUUCUGAUGAAGUUUAUGCAGUUGAUUGGAGUUUAGACGGUAAAAGAGUGGCUUCUGGUGGUAAAGAUAAAAUGAUUAGAUUAUGGUCCCAUUAA